GGAUGGCCAACCUCAUUCGCCAGUCACUACCAGCAUUCGCGCACCGCGUACGUUUCUGUCAACAAAACGCAAUUUUUUAUUUAUUAAUUAAGACUAAAAAACUAAAACCUCCUUGCUAUCAGGCAACGAGGGACGCGCGUGGAUUGUCGUUUUAAAAAUUCGGAACGCAGCCGAAUUGUGUCAGUGUGUGUGAGUGUGUACCUACGUAGGUGUGUAACGCCUAUGUAGUUGGUUGUUCGUUGUUUAUUUCGGGAAAUGGAGGAGCUUUUCGGACUUUUCUUCGGAUGCGUGUGAAGUGAUGGCGUAGAAGAAAAUUCAAGAUGGCGGCGGUCUCCACCACGGUGCACCACGUGCAGCCAAUCAAGACCUUAGAGCAGAGCGACGAAGAGCCAUAUUCCCCCAACACGCGAGACACCACCACACCCGACUACCAAGAAGACGAAAAGACCGAGGAAAGACCUCUCACCUCCUCUUUCUCCAUACACAACGUCCUCAAGAAAGAAAGGGACAGCAAUAGCCCAGACAAUGUCUUUUCAACGGACAAGCUUCUCCAAAGCACUCCGAAUUUCGACCAAUCAUCGCCCAGAAACUCCCAAGACAGUCUGAAUAGUCCACGGUUUGACAACGAAGAUCACAAUUCAAAUUCAGAAUCUGUCAGAGCGGAAAUCAGUGUAGACGAUGACGUGUCAUGCUGUAGCGAUGAUACUGUCUUGUCUGUUGGCAACGAAGCGCAACUUUCUUAUAAUUCGCCGUCUGAAAGCGCGAAAUCCUUGCCAGCCAGCCCUGGAACUCCUCCUAACAACCUCACCUCGUUCAAACAUAUACAAACUCAUUUGAACGCAAUCUCACAGCUAAGUCAGAACAUUAACAUGAACCAGCCAUUAUUAUUACGCCCCAACCCGAUCUCACCUAACCCGCUUAUGUUCUUAAACCAACCUCAUUUGUUAUUUCAAAACCCUCUCCUCGGCCAGGAUGUGAAAGGAGGUCUGUUACCGAGCAGAAUCCCGAUCCCUAAUCCGAAUUUAAACUUAAGUCCACCUCCUUCGAACCCAUUCGGGCAGUUGAACUUUUUGCGCAACCCGAAGACCCAAGAAUUACGCAACAACCGAAACUUGGACGAAAACCGCCGCUACCAGCCGAAAUCCCCAGAAAACGAGUCCCACUUAAACAUCCUCAACCAAAGCUGUCUAAAAUUCAGCAUAGACAACAUCCUAAAAGCGGAUUUCGGGCGUCGAAUAACGGAUCCUUUGACGAAGCGGAAGAAUUUCAAAAACCGAACGGAAGCGCCGAAGAGUUGUCCAAAGGAGGUCGCGAAAGAAGUUCCUUGUUCCGAGGCGCGGGUGCCGGAUGUGAAGGGGGGUGCUAUAGACUUGUCGAAGGUGGAUGAAGGGGCCAGUAACCAAGGCAGUACCACCAGCAGUACCAGUGGCGAUGGCCCCAUGGUGUGGCCAGCCUGGGUCUACUGCACCCGCUACAGCGACCGACCUAGUUCUGGACGAAGUCCGCGCACCCGGCGGCCCAAGAAGCCCCCCGGAGAGGUGCAGAACGACGAGAAGCGACCCCGGACAGCCUUCUCCGGGCCACAGCUGGCCAGGCUAAAGCACGAGUUCGCGGAGAACCGCUACCUGACGGAGCGGCGGCGCCAGGCGCUGGCCGCGGAGCUGGGCCUGGCCGAGGCGCAGAUCAAGAUCUGGUUCCAGAACAAGCGAGCCAAGAUCAAGAAGGCAUCAGGACAGAGGAACCCACUAGCCUUGCAGCUGAUGGCACAAGGACUGUACAACCACAGUACGGUACCGUUGACGAGAGAAGAGGAGGAAUUGGAAAUGAAGGCAAGAGAGAGGGAUGCAGCUAGGGGCGCACCUCCGUAGUUGAAGGGAGACUAGUGUUUUUAAAUGUGACGGUAGAGCAAGGAGGUUGAAGGACUUUUGUAGACUGCCAGUGUUUGUGAAUGUGUUUUGAAGACAUUAUUCUGAUAUCUUGCACACGGUGUAGUUGUACGUUCUUUUUUCAAAAAUAGACUUUUUCUACGAAACUUUUGUUUCUUUUGUAAUACAUCAGCCAUGAGUAACUGUCAUGCUUAGAAGAAUAAUUUGUAAGGUUUGUAAAUAAUAAUGUUUUACUGUUUUCAUUUUCACUUCUUAUGAGAAUCACACGAAUAUGUUUUAUCUAAUCUUGUAAUAAAUAUCUACGUAAUACUACUAUAUUAGACUCCUAUUAGAAUAUUUAUGCUGUAAAUACUUAGCGUUUUUAUCACGAAAACGAAACAAAAUUUGUAAAAAAUAGAGUAUUAUUCACAAACGUAUUCAAGAUGUAAGUAAAGAGGGUAUUGCAAAAAGUGUAAGUGCCAAUUUCGCCUUAGUGGGUUAGAGCAUAACCAGGGAUUAUUGCUUGACUUUUGACACACCUGUCUAGAAUUUAAUAUGGAGAUGACGUAUAAUUGGUCAACCUUUCCCUGGUUACGAUCUAACCGACUAUGGAGAAAUUGGAGCUAAGUCUUAUGUCUUAUUAGAAAAGUUUUCAGAGUGAUCAUCGAUCGACCCAUUACAGUCACCCCCUUUCUGCUUGCUAUAGGUACCACUUUUGUAACAUUCUGUAACGUACUCAAUGACAAAGGAAUAAAGAGAGGACCUGGCAUAAAAAUCGGUACUUAAAAAUAUAUCGUCGUCUCUUUUUAACUUAUUGGUGUUAUCCUACGUAAAAAAGGACAACAGUAGUUUUGUCUUUGCC